ACGCAAGACGCUAAGCUGCCAUGGCAACAUGGACAGUUAGCAUGGCAACGGCGGCGGCUUGUUCCUGUAGCCGAGGAUGAGAAACCGGCUGGUUUAGCGCGCUGGUUAACCUAGUUUACUAGUUAAACGAUAUAAACCGGUUUGUUAACUAAGUCAAAGUCAGCGGAUUAAGAAGGAGUGACUUAUCGCGGUGUUUUGUCGGCAGCAAGAGUGCUAUGACCGUCCGCUUCAAGAGUCAGAGUGAAUACCGGAAGAGCUACCGGGUCCCCCGGUCCAGGAGUGUGUCUCCUCAGCGCUGCGCUCCAUUGGCCGGCCUGCGCUCGGACCAGAUGGGUGUCAGCAGAGAACCCGGUCUCCAGCGUCGGAAGAGGUCCGGUCCCGGCGGUCUCGCUCAGUCCCGCGGGUCUCUGCUCUGUCCUCCAGACCCACAGCACUCAACAGCCCCCCCUGCUGCCUCUAGGAGGCGCUCUGCCCCCAGGAAGGAGUCUUCCAUGAAGCCAAAUCCUCCAACAACCCCUGAAGCACGGGCUGACCCUGGAUCUCCCGUAGACCCAGAACCCCCAGCAGGACCACGACCUGCUGCAGACCCAGAACCAUCAGGAGAACCAGGAGCUGUGGUCACAUUUGCGAAGCCCCGCCCCUCCAAGCACGAUAGCCAACCACAGCUGAGCCGACCAUUUACAGCAGCGCCUGAUGCACGUCAGCCCUCGGCCAAUGAGGUUCAGCACGCUCUGCGGUGGAGGGCGGGGCUAAGGACCGGAGGUCAAAGGUCAGGAAGUCAUAGGUCAGAGUAUCGCAGACAGUUCAGCUGGAAGAAGCCUGCACCUGCUAAUUCACCCCUACUGUACGCAGAACAGGUGCUCCACUCCAGCAGCAGAUCUGUGCCCCCCUUUAAGAAACACCCCGUUCCCAUGGAAACGGAGUAUCUGCGCAGCUUCCAGGGUCUGGCCCCGCCCGCCAAGCCCCGCCUCCGGAAACACCUGGAACAUCAUCACCAAGUACCAUUGUUCCACACACACACGGUACAGAGCAGUUCACGGCGAUGCGAGACCUGUACAUGA